UUGCCGUAACACGUCGGUAGCAAUGCAAGGCGUGAGCCUCGUACCUCAUCAUCCAAAGGCCAAAACAAAUUUCCCUAGUCUCUCCAACUCUCUCUAGAGCGGGAAACAAAAUUAAAACCCUAAUAAAACAAUUCUCACCGCGUUUUCCCUUUUUUACUUCUACACGAUUCUUCCUUCUUCUAAUCUUCUUUUCCCUUUUCAGUGAAUUUAUAUCCCGAAACUCAAAUCUAAUGGAGCUCUCGCCCAUUCAGAACCCUCACCUAUUCUGAUGUUUUAGGUUACAGAAGGAAAAUGGGUAAAUCUUCAAUCAUGGAAUCAAUUACUAAUGAUUUGAAUGUUAAAGAGAAGAAGAUUGAUUCUGAGAGUGAUAGCGAUGAUGAUGAUACUCCAUUACAACUACGAAUCAACAAUCUCCAGCCAAAAGGAUGUAAUAUCUCGAAUAAAAGGCUAAAAAUAUCUCAGGGUCUAAGUUUGCCUGAACUUAGUAUUCAAGUGAAGGUUGAACGUGCUGAUGACAACAUGAUGAGUUCAGGCAGUCAGUUCGCAGUUGUUGCUCUGGAGAAGGUCAAGACUGAAAUCGAUGAUGAUUCUGGAACAGAUGAGCUUGACCAUAUUCCGCUAAGUGAACGUCGGAGGAUGUUACUAUCAAGGCAGUCAAUGGAAACAGUGUCUCACCAGCAUGAUGCUGGUAACAUGGAGGGAGUUUAUGUGGAAACGUCAUUUGCCCCUCAUGUCAAUGUGAAAGUCGAGACAUUGGAGAAUGGCCUGGUGAGUCCACACAGAAAUGAGCCUGGUAUCUCAUUAGUCAACAAGAUGCUAGGGAUCAAGACUGAAAUGGGAAUUUCUUGGAUAUCCGAUGAAGAUGAGCUAGACCAUAUGUCACUUCGAGAAAGGUUGAGGUUGUUGACUGCAAAGAAGGUUUCUGAUACGGAAGACUCCGGGCCUUCAGAAUGUUCGCAAAAAUCUGUGCCAUCGGUCGAAAAGUGUAAACCUACAUCCUCAGAGAAUGCUAAAUCUGAAGUCAAAACUCGCCCACGGAAGCGAAAGAAGACUGCAACGAAUUGUGCAGAAACAGCUCUAGAAGAGGAUGCUCCUGGACUUCUAAAGGUUCUUGUUGAUAAAGGGAUACUUCUAGAUGAAAUUAAGUUAUAUGGUGGCAUAGAAAGUGAAGAUGCUCUGGAUAGCUCCUUCGAUGAGAAUAGCUUUGAAGAUCUUCAGUUUGUAAUUUCAAAGCUUUUUGCUCAGCGUGAAACUUUAUUUAAGUUCGCCCCACUACAAGGUGGAAAGGGAUCAAAAGCUGCCAAUUACUGCUUAUCUUGUUUAAUUUCACUAGUUGAGCAGGCGCGCUAUCUUCAGUUCAUGAAGUGGCCUGUCGAAUGGGGAUGGUGUCGAGACCUUCAGUCCUUUAUAUUUGUGUUUGAAAGACAUAACAGAAUUGUUCUGGAGCGUCCAGAAUAUGGGUAUGCAACAUACUUCUUUGAGCUAGUGAAUGCUUUACCAGUCGAAUGGCAAAUAAAACGCCUGGUAACAACAAUGAAGCUUACCCACUGUAGUAGAGCCACCAUCAUCGAGAACAGAUCAUUGUUGGUUGGCAAAGAUUUAUCAGAGGGAGAAGCACGAGUACUUGAGGAAUAUGGUUGGAUACCAGAUAGCGGGUUGGGAUCAAUGCUUAACUAUUGCGACAGAGUUGUUCACGACAAAAGUAAUGAGAGGGAUGGUUCAGAGUGGAGGAAUAAGAUUGGGAAGUUGCUCAUGAAUGGCCUUAAAGGAGGAAACAUUGUAUUGAGUAAUCUUCCGAAAAAGCUCAUGGGGGACAAGAGCACUACGUCUAACUCGCAGAUCAAGCUGGAGCUUUGAAAUGAGGAACAUUCAGAGGAGCAAAAUCAGGGACAAUCCAAGCUGCCUCUGCUGAAGAAGCAGAAGUUAUGAGUCUGUUAGAAUUGGUUGAAUGGGCCGAAUAAAGGAAAAUGGAGAACUUGGUCAUUGAAGGAGAUUGCAGGUGUACUAUUUACCAUGUUCAGGGAAGAAAUAAUAAUAAUAAUAAUAAAGCAAAUGGAGCAGCAGAUAUUUUGGUAAAGAAGGGGAGAAGAUAUGGCAACACAUCUUUUUGGGGUGAUCAGGCACCUUUGUUUCUUGUUCCUGUUCUAACUUUAGAUCUAAGUAAAGCUUUUAUAAAUGUACCUCCUAGUCCUCCUGCUUUGUAAUCCUCCCGGCAUCUCAAAUUAUCUGGAAUCAGUUAACCUAGAAGAUCCCAUUAGAAGGUCUGCUCUAGAUAAUUAGGGUACUCCUGUUAUUAAUAUAUCUUAUCUUGAAAAAAAGAGUUUCCCAGAA